UCUAGUUUCAAGAACUCUCUUGAGUCGAUCGCGAUUGAACCUCGUUUUAGUCUAGAUUGAAACGGUCGAGAGAGGUCGCAACACGGCAUAGUCGCCGUCCUUGGUCGCAAUCUAGAUCGAAAUGCUCGGUGCGAACCAAGGUCUUAGGUGCGAACGGGGUAUAACACAUAUUAGCAUCGAUAGGAGUAUAAUUCUUUUGCGGAUAAAUGUGAUUCUGGUUAGAGGGCGCUUCGUCGGUGUUUCAUAUGGUUGAUCUGUCAGUGUCGUGGUAUGGAAUGUUGACUGGCAAUUCUGUUUCAUUUAAAAAAUAAUACGUUUGUUUAAUCAUGGCUCCGGGAAUGAUUAAAAAACCUUAUCCAGAAAGUACUGAGCCAAUUCAAGCUUCAGCUGUGAUUGUAAUUCAUCCAGGAUCAUUAUUUCUACGUUUGGGUCGAGCUUCGGAUACUUACCCUCAUAUCUUACCUCAUGUCAUUGCUAGACGAGGGAGACGUGGCAACUAUGAAGAUUCUUUCUUGGUACCUGUGAUAAAAAUGGAUCCUGAAACAACGGCAUCCAUGGUUGAAACACAAAAUGUAAUUACAAAUUUACUAGCUUCUUGUCUGACAUCAGAAGGAAGAGUUCGUUAUGCAAUAUCAUCUGCAAAGAUAAGAGAAGCAAACAAUGAGGUCAAACCAGAAAUCUUGCAUGGAAGUUGUGAUCUUCAUUGGACAAAAGUUGAUCCUUCACAGGAGUAUGUUGUUGGAGAAGAUGUUUUAUAUUUAAAUCCUGCAGAAAAUUUCCACAUUCAUUGGCCAAUGAAAAGAGGAAAAUUAAAUAUUCAUUCCCAAAUUGGUGGAUCUUUGACAUCAGUAUUAGCUGAUAUAGAGACAAUUUGGGGAACUGCCAUUCAACAAUAUUUAGAAAUACCUCUUAAAGAUUUGAAACAUUACAGAGCAGUAUUAGUUGUAUCUGAUAUUUAUAUCAGACAGCAUGUGAAAGAAAUAGUCAACUUACUGCUCACAAAACUUAAGUUUGGUGGCUGCUUCAUUCAUUUAGAAUCAGUCUGUGCUACAUUUGGUGCUGGUCUUAGUUAUGCUUGUGUUGUUGAUGUUGGUGAUCAAAAAACUUCAGUAGCUUGUGUGGAGGAUGGUAUUUCACAUAGAAAUACAAGAUUGUGUAUGGAAUAUGGAGGGAGUGAUAUAACACAAUUAUUCUAUUGGCUUUUUAAAAAAUGUGGAUUUCCUUAUAAAGAAUGUUCUCCCUUCAGAACUACAGAUGCUUUAUUAUUGCAGGAAUUAAAGGAGAGUAUGUGUCAUGUAAAUCUGGAUAUAUGUGGUGCUCAAGAACGAUCCUUUCAAGUGAAAAGGCCUAAUUCUCCUAUACGUCAAUAUACAGUAAAAAUAGGAGAUGAAUGUUUAGUAGCACCAUUAGUUCUUUUUCAUCCAGAAUUAUUUGGUUUAACUGGACCAAAAUGCACUAGAACCCAGCAACGAUAUGAAGGAGAUGCAGAAGAUCCACAUGAUGGGAAUUAUUUGGUACAGACUCAGAGAAGAGGCAAUAGAGAGGCAACUGAUGGAGCACAAGCAUUAGAUCUAAGUUCACAAAUAGAAGACUGUCCACUUAGUCAGGCAGUUCUUGAUGAAGAUGUAGAACAGACAGAGCCACCACCUACUAAAGAUGUUGAGCAAGAAAUUCAGUGUGAUCAACUUCUUGGUAUUGAUCAGGCUAUUAUUCAAAGCAUUGAAAGAUGUGACUCGGAAGAAAUGAAGAGGAAGAUGUACAGUUGUAUACUAGUAGUUGGUGGUGGAAUGCUGUUUUCUGGUAUUCAUACUUGGUUACAGAAUCGACUUUCAGUGCAGAUUCCAAUCAUCUAUCGUGGAGAAGAAAUAGACAUUAUAACUAGACCCAAAGAUAUGGAUCCACGUGUUACAACUUGGAAAGGUGCAGCAGUGAUGAGCUGUUUAGAUACUGCCCAAGAAUUGUGGAUUCAUCAACAAGAAUGGUUACGAUAUGGUGUUAGAUUGUUAAGAGAAAGAGCACCAUUUACAUGGUGAUUAAUUCUUUAUAAUAGAUUAUUAUUUAUUGUGACUUUUUUAAUUAAAAUAUAAAAAAUUUUAACUUGUCUGCUCAUUUAAUGUAUAACUUAAGAAUUUUUAGUCUUACUUUUUCUAAAUAUCAAACAAAGUAAAUAUGUUUUAUAUAUAUUUCUA